AUGUCGACGAUGACUGAACUCCAGGAUGUAAUGCGGGACUUACUUCUACGAGCCCAAUUCUCGGAAAUGGUGAUUCUUUGCCAAGCAGUUACUUUCAAAGUCCUCCAGGCUAUUAUUUGCACUCAGUCAAGCUAUUUCUAUAGCGCGAUCUGUGAUGGCUUCCAGGAGUCUGCCGACAAAGCUAUUAACAUCCGAGAUGACACCCAAGAGACCAUGGAGCGUGUUCUGUCCUUCCUCUUUCUCAGGGAGUAUAGCGAGGACGGGCACAUAGUUCAAUAUCAGCCCAUGUCAGCGCUGGCCAUCUCUGGUCACGAGUCUGAAUUAUCCGCUUCAGAAGACAAGCCAGAAGACACAGCGCCAGAAAAUACAGGGUCAGAAAAUACAGAGCCAGAGAACCAAACUGCUUUCAACAAUAUUGAAUUAUUCAUCGCUGCUGAUAAGUACGAAAUCCUUCCAUUGAAGACUCUGGCUACUUUGAAGUUCUUUCAAUGGGCGAACACAAAUUGA